UUGUGUUGAAAAAGUGGGUGUCGCUGUGCAUGCUGGGCUCAGAUCAUCAUGAUGGUGGUUUGGAGGAAGCACUUUAAACACCGCAGUUUACAGUAGUUAGAAGAAAGGGUAGAAAAACAGUCAAGCUUUAAUCAGUUCUGUCUCUGGAAUCUGGAUUGGUCGGUUUCCCCUGUGUGUACGCUGUGAAGGGAUACAAUGUAUCUAGACAACAACUUUACAUUCCUGCUUCUCUGACCUUUCUUGCUUUGUAUAGGAAGCGGAGCCGUAGCAUUUGAUACAAACUCCCCACACCACAGUUACUGGGAGAUGUUAACAUAUGAAGCGCAUUGGAAAGAACAUGGUUGAGAGGACCAGUAAAUUUCUUUUGAUCGUGCUCGGAUCCAUCUGUUUCAUGUUAAUCUUGUACCAGUACGUGGGACCGGGGAUGAUAAACUUUGGGUCCCCGCACCGGUACCUUAUUCAAGACGAUUUGGAUAUCUUCCCGACCCCAGAUCCACACUAUGUAAAAAAGUACUAUUUUCCGAUCAGGGACCUGGAGCGCUCUGUUGAUUUUGAGAUCAAGGGGGAAGACGUGAUCGUUUUUCUCCACAUCCAGAAAACCGGAGGGACCACCUUUGGAAGGCACCUGGUGCAGAAUGUGAGAUUGGAGGUGCCUUGCGAUUGCAGACCUGGACAGAAGAAGUGUACCUGUUACCGGCCGAACAGGAAAGAGACCUGGCUUUUCUCUCGGUUCUCUACCGGCUGGAGCUGUGGAUUGCAUGCCGAUUGGACCGAACUCACAAACUGUGUACCCGGAGUGCUCAACAAGAAAGAGAAUACAUUGAAAAAUCCACGGAAAUUUUACUACAUCACCCUUCUGAGAGACCCGGUGUCACGAUACCUGAGCGAGUGGAGGCACGUUCAGAGGGGGGCCACCUGGAAAACCUCCCUGCACAUGUGCGAUGGACGCACUCCCACCCCAGAGGAGCUCCCCUCCUGCUAUGAGGGCACGGACUGGUCUGGCUGCAGCCUACAGCAGUUCACAGACUGCCCUUACAACCUGGCCAACAAUCGACAAGUGAGGAUGCUGGCCGACCUUAGCCUGGUAGGCUGCUACAACAUGUCCUUCAUCCCUGAGAAGAAGCGGGCCCAGGUCCUCUUGGAGAGCGCCAAAAAGAACCUAAGGGACAUGGCCUUCUUCGGGCUAACUGAGUUCCAGCGUAAGACCCAAUACUUGUUCGAGCGGACCUUCAACCUCAAGUUCAUCCGGCCUUUCAUGCAGUAUAACAGCACACGAGCGGCCGGAGUGGACGUUGACAACGACACUAUCCUGCGCAUCGAAGAACUCAACGACCUUGACAUGCAGCUCUAUGACUAUGCCAAGGACCUCUUUCAACAGCGGUAUCAGUACAAACGGCAGCUGGAACGUAUGGAGCAGAGGAUCAAGAAUAGGGAGGAGCGGCGACUCCAACGGUCUAACGAAUCACCAAGGGAAGAAACAGAGGAGCAAGGGCGCCUGCCCACAGAGGACUACAUGAGUCACAUAAUUGAAAAAUGGUAGCCAACGUGAUGUUUUUACCCCUUUCAAGUACAAUGUCCUUAAAGUAUAAUAAAAUACAUUAUUGAGAACUGGUAUUGGAGGUGGAGGUGUUCAUCUCUGGCCAUCUUCUCUGUGUAUAAAGGACUACAGAAGUCACUGCUUAGUUGAGAAGUGUGUUGGCUGUGGUUGCCACCUGAGUUCCUCGCAAUGCCAUCAGAACUACAUGAGCAACUUACUCAAGACUCUAAUGUGAAAGAGGAUCACCUCUAUCCAUCAAAUGUGUUUUUUAAGACUAUGGGCCCACAAUUACUUCAUUUAGUCUUCCAGGUUAGGAAAUACCAAGGAAGUUGAAUAAAAAACAUUAUUUAAGAACAUUUUCUGUAAAACAGAACUGAUUUGCUUAAAAAAUAAAUAGAUAAAACACAAUGUUUUCAACAGGACCACUUGAUCUUAAUAACAUAAAACAAAAAAUAAAUCAUAGCAUACCAAGAGAACUGCUAAGGCAGUUUGUUCAAAGCUCUUUAAAUGCAUUUAUUAGUGCUCUCCAAUCAUUGGGGCAGAAUCGUAAUCACUUUAAUUGUUUUGUUUUAGAACAGUUUUUUUUUUUUUUUAAAUGGUGUAUGGAUAGAGGUCGUGAACUUGAUUGACCAUAGUUGUAUAAAAUGUUACGACUUUCUGAAUCCACUUAAGUUAUACUCUGCGUUGUACUAACAGAUUAUGGACAUUUCUGUUUUUAUGAAUUUCUUUUGCAGCUGUGUGAUGACCACACCAUUCCGUCUGUAACCUACUGUAAUUAGGGUCAAAUCUUGCAGUGUUGUCGGAGGUUUGAACAGUGGAUUGUGGUGCAGAUCAUUGUGGAUUAUGCCCCAUUAUCAGUACAGGCACUUAACAGAUGCCCCUCCGGUAACCAGUAUGAAGAUUGCAGGGAGCUCUGGCUGUGACACUCGCCAUGUAUUUUGAAGGCAGAGAAACAAGCCAUUCUAACUGCUGGCCCAAAGAACCUUGGGAACUUUUUAAACUAUUUUAAUUGAAAUCUGAUGCUCAUACUUUUAGGAGUAUUUAUCUGCAAGAUGACCUUGCACACAUCAUAAGGAAACCAUCCGUAAUGAAAAAUACAAUUUCAACUCUCGCUGACUUUCAUUGGGAGGUUGACCCCAUUGCCCUUCCAUCGAGCUACAGUGGGACAAUCUGGAGCAGAUUAGAAAAAAUGAAUCCAUCAUCUCCUUGUCUUGUGUUUUUAACAGCACUUAAAUUUUUCCCUUCUGAACAUCAGAACUGCCAUUCAUCUCCAGACAAUGAUUUGACCUUAAUGGUCUUGUCACAAUUGUAUAACAUGCUCUGCAUCAUCCUUUUAUUUCUACUGAUGGAGGGUGAUACAGUUUCAAGGUGGGAUGUGGAACAGCUGCAGUCGUUUGUGGGGAAUGUACUUCUUUGCCUUUUUAUAAAUGUGUAAAAUCUCCUUGAUGCUUGUUCUAGACAGAAUCCUGGACUGUGUCAUUCUCAGGGUUGAAUUAUGUCUUACAGAGGUUUUUACAAUCGCUGUCAGCUAAUGUGAUUCCAUGUUUUUCCUCGAAUGCUUUUCGUCCCAUUCCCAUUUCCCAUAGAAAUACAGUGAUGUCUGCAUGGGAAGUAUACCGAUUGGGCCAUGUCAUGGAUGGUCAGCAGAGCUUUCAUUAUCAACAACAAAGAGAGAAUGGUCAAGGCAGACUAAGUGGCAGGGCUGAUAAGGCAUGUCCUUGUUGUUAUUUAUUAUAGCUUGUAAAGAACAUUCCAGUGAAAAGUUAUUGGAGGAUGCCCCUGUGCCAUUCAACACAGGUUAUUCAGCCCAGGUCACUGGAGCCAAACCUUGACUGUGACUGAGUAUAGAUGUUUCUCUCAUCCUUCUUGCCAGUACAAACUGUUGUGUCUUACAGAUUGUCAAUGUUAAUAUUUGACCACCUAACCAGAUCCAUGUACCUUAAAACAAAAGCAAUGAUGGGCAUUACAACACUGAUUUAGCUGAAGCUAGUAUAAAUCUGAAUGCUGCUUGCAUUUCUAUACAGAUUUGGUAAAGGAAGGCCAAUGCUCAUGAAAACUGAAUAUAAUCUGUAGACAGUAAGAUCUGCAUAAACAGACACUUGCUGAGAGGCAUAUAACAUAUUUUGUAAGGUUCAUAAAUACACUGCAAAUGUUUCUUAGAAACAAAAACACAUUUUCUAAUCAACUACCAUAUAUCAAUAUUGCCACGUUGAAAAGCCUUUCUUUAAGAGUCUAUUUUUGAUAGAUUUGACUGAACAGGGCCUAAACCAACUUUUUCACCAAAAGUCCUUUAGUAGGAUUAUAGAAAAGUGCUGUUACCAAGGACCAGUCUCUGUACUUCAGUUCAACAGUCAUAUAACCAGUCAGACAGACAUUUUGCUAUAUUUCAACAUGUGUUGUCUGGCUUCAAGCACAUAUUUAUGUGCUUCAGAACUUUUAUGGGAGGAGAUGGGUUUAUGGGUGGGGUUUGUUGGUGAAAGCCCUAGGUGAAAGCAAGCAAGUGUUCCUAAUCGUGUACUGCUCUUAGUGUACUUGCUCCAAGUAUUUUUGUUAUUCAUGCAGAAUGGAUCAUCAAGCCAUCAAUAAAGAGAUUUCAUUUUUAA